AUGCUUUCUCUGCUGAAUCUUGUUUUCGUUUUGUCACUUCUACCGCGGGUGCUUGGAGGCUCUGUGCUAUUCCUCAACUCCACUAUUCUCGGCCCCGACCCUCAGACUGUAAACCGUCUUAACGGCGAAUCGUUUCAACAAAACGCGUUGACGUCUUUCAACGGCUAUCAGUACGCUGUGUUCUGGGUUCCGGAUACCAUCAACGUGUCUGUGAGGCACGCGUCUGUCUCUCGGCGUGCUAUCACGCCCCAGGAAGGAGACUGGGAGACCUUUGUGAUGCAGGACUACAAUCAGACUUCGGACGAUGGGCAUGAUAUCAUCUCGCUGGGCAUUUCUCAAGGUGACGGGACGCUUCAUAUGUCCUUCGACCAGCACGACAACAAUCUCAACUACCGUAUCUCCGAGCCCGGAGUAGCGACCAAUCCGACCGGUGUCGCCUGGUCCUCAGACAUCUUCGGACCAAUAACAAGCUACUUACCCGGCCUUGAAUCACUGGAAGAAGACAUAUACUACAUCAAUAUCACCUACCCUCGCUUCGUCAACAUACCUACUGCCGCUACCGAUGGCUCUGGAGCAGAUCUGCUUCUGGAGAUGCGUACGGGAGAGUCUGGGCUCGGGAACGAUUGGCUAUAUCGCUACGUCCCCAGCAAGGGGUGGCAAUUGACUGGCAUGUACCUGGAAGGAGUCAACAACAAUGGAUACAUCAACGGGAUUGACUAUGAUCCUUGGGGAAGGCUAGUAGCCACUUGGACAUAUCGUGAUUAUGUUCCUGCGGAUGGCGCAGCGGUCGCUGUUGAAGCUGGACCCAAUGGGCCAGGAAAUAUGAAGCUGGGUCAACGAUCUCCACAGAAUCAUGAUCUCGUGUAUGCUUACAGCACGGACCACGGAUUUACCUGGUACAACAACUGGGGUCAGCAAAUAGCCAACACGAGCGCUCAGCAGCCUAUAUUGCCAGAGUCUGCAGGCGUAACGGUCUUUUCGAUCCCUAAAGACAGCGGGAUUUUGAACCAGGAGGCCCAGAUAAUUGACGAUGUAGGGCGUAUGCAUGUCCUGAAUAGGGAGAACACAACGGGAACCGAGCUUUGGUAUCACUACUGGCGCGACACAAACACCUUCUGGACUCGGGCCGCUAUCCCACCCAGCAUCCCAGGGAGCGGCAAUAUCACUGGCACGCCCACGUAUAUCGGCAAACGCGGCAAGCUUGUUACACUACCCACAUCACCCGAUACUCUGCUGGCAAUAUUGCCAGAUAACGCGGCGAACUCAAGCGCACUGACAAUUCUGCGGAGUACGGCAGCGGAAGGAUAUCAAGAUUGGACGGCGGUGUGGUAUACUGCAAGUGGAUGCGUCGCUGAGCCACUGUUCGAUAGGCAUAGGCUGAGAGUAGGGGAGGACGGAGCAGAUGGGGUGCUGAGUUUGUAUUUGGUGAAUGGGACAGAGGUCGUAGUCGUUGAUUUGGACAUUAGUGGUGUAUUAGUGUAA